AUGUAUAACUGCAUCUACAGGCCCACUGUCCUCGCUGAGAUCACCAAAUACAUCCAGAGAGAGUAUCAACCACCUGGUCAGACUGCCUCUGGUCAGAAAAUUCAGUUCGCUGCAGCGAUAAACGUCCCAAGCACAUUUUGUGAGAGGUUUCAGAACAACUUCCUUUCCGGCGAGAGUGACAGUAACACUGUGAAAGAAAAACUCCGCACAGAGUACCUCUAUCAAGGCCAAAAGCUGAUUGUUGCCACUCCACAGAAUAUCGGUAAAGGGUCGGGAGCAGUGCAUUCAGAGCGUAAGUUGCUGAUAUGUGACGACAACAACCGUGGUGGAACUCCCAUGAAGAACCUGCUGGCAAGGGACAAAGAUGGCUGUGCCGUGUUCUACACCCACAACUCCCCAUGCCUGGAAUUCUGCCUGAACCAAGUUAAAGAUGACAACGAAGUCAACAAAGAAAGAAUAAAAAAACAACGAAAUGAAAAAAAAGAUCCUGACAAUCAACGCGAUGUCGCUCGUGCUGUGCAGAAGUGCAUCCUGAACUCUCUCGACAUGAUGGCCAACCAUAAGGGUAUGAAGGCCUUUGUGUUCAGUGAGGUCUAUGACCUAGACCUUACAGAGAGGGUGAAGCUGGAAACUGCAUUGACCAAAGUGGCAAAGAAGGUCCCCCUCUUCAAGUGCAACGGAGACUCCUGUGUCCAGUGCCUGAUUGGCAAUGUUUUCAAUAACCUAUGCCUGCCGUAA